UGCUUCGCGCCCGAAAACUGAAAAUAGUCACUGCCCAGAGGAGACCCCUAUAUGUAUAUCAAUGGAAGAGGACGAAGACGAAGAAGAAGAGAAUGGGGAAGGGUCGUUUCUCGUCUCGCCGGACGGGAAGCCGUCGCCGGACGAAAAAGAGGGUGGAGACUCCGCUGCAGCCGGUGGUGACGAUGAUUGAGGGCUCGACGAGUAAUGGUGUUGGAGUAGCGAACAUGGGGUCGAUCUCUGAGAUGGUGGCGGCGGAAUCGUCCAGCAAGCCAGGGAAGAAGAAGGCGGGGGUGUCGAGGCUGUGGAUGUGGUUUGACAAGUCGGGGCAGUCGGAGCUGAUCGAGUGCGAGAAGAGUACGAUCAUCAAGCGAACGUCGAUUCCGGCUAGGGAUUUGGGGAUUCUUGGCCCACUCUUCUCUCACUCCUUCAACAUUCUUGCUAGGGAGAAGGCUAUGGUUGUCAAUUUAGAGUUUAUAAAGGCUAUAAUUACAGCUGAAGAAGUGUUGUUGCUUGAUCCUCUGUGCCAGGAGGUUCUUCCAUUCGUGGAUCAGCUAAGGCAACAACUUCCUCAUAAAAGCCCGUUAAAAAUACGUGGAGCAGGUCAAAUGGUUUCCCUGGAGAAUGAAACACGUAUUCCUACUUCUGGACGAUGGUUAACUGUUCCUCAAGCUGUUGAAGGUGGUUUGCAGGCCGAGCUUCCAUUUGAGUUUCAGGUUCUGGAGAUCGCAUUGGAGAUUUUCUGUACAUAUUUGGACUCCAGUGUUUCGGAACUUGAGAGAGAUGCUUACCCUGUGUUGGAUGAACUGGCCAGGAAUGUCAGCAUCCAGAAUCUUGAGCUUGUGCGGAGUUUGAAAAGCAAUCUUACCCAUUUGCUUGCACGGGUGCAAAAGGCGAGGAAUGAAAUAGAACAUCUGUUAAAUGACAAUGAAGAUUUGGCAAGGUUGCACUUAACACGGAGAUGGAUUCAUAAUCAGCAAUCUGAGGCUUUAUUUGGAGCUACGUCCACACAUCAUCUUCGUCGUCUUGGUUCAAGUGGGAGUGGGAGUGGAAGUUUGGGCAUGAGUAAGCAUUUCAAUGGCCAUGAUGUUGGGGAUCUGGAAAUGUUGCUUGAGUUUUAUUUCAGGCAGCUGGAUCGUACACGCAACAAGAUAUUAUCUGUUCGCGAGUACAUUGAUGACACAGAAGAUUAUGUCAACAUCCAACUCGACGCCAAGCGAAACGAACUGAUUCAACUGCAAUUGAGCAUAACCAUUUUAGCAUUUUCAGUUGCUUUUGAGACUGUUAUAGUCAUGAUGUUUAACAUGAAUAUCCAAUGUCCAUUGUAUCAUAUCUACGGGAUAUUCGGCCUUGUUACUGGAGUUGUUACAGCUGCUUGUGUAUUAGUACUUCUCCUUGUUGUUGUAUAUGCCAGAUGGAAGAGGCUACUGGGGUCUUGA